AUGGAGGCGACGGCGCUGAGCGUCGGCAAGUCGGUGCUAAAUGGGGCGCUUAGCUACGCCAAAUCGGCGGUGGCGGAGGAGUUGGCUCUGCAGCUGGGCGUUGGGCGCGAUCAGGCCUUCAUCACGGGGGAGCUGGAGAUGAUGCAGUCUUUUCUCAUGUCGGCGCACGACGAGGGAGACGGCGACAACAUGGUGGUGAAGACCUGGGUGAAGCAGGUCCGCGACGUGGCCUACAUCGUCGAGGACUGCCUCCAGGAUUUCGCCGUCCGUGUCAACAGGCAACCAUGGUGGCGCACGCUGAUCCACCGGCACGAGGUGGCAAAUCAGAUGAAAGAGCUCAGGGCCAAAGUGGACGAUGUCAGCCAGAGGAACAUACGCUACCAGCUCAUCAAGGGCUCCUCAGAUGCUGCUUCUUCUUCCUCCUCCAAGCAGCCAGCAGCUGACAGAUCUGCAGCAGCGUCAAUGGUUAGCAUCCAUGGCGCCUCCAAGCAGCACAACCAAUCAAACGUGGAUCUUACCCAGUUGCUCAUGGUCAGCUGCAAUAAUGAUGAUCUUGGGCUUGGGGUGAUCGCCGUGUGGGGAACAAGUGCUGAUCUCGGGCAGACGUCCAUCAUCAGGGCGGUCUAUGAGGAUCCAGAUGUCACAACAAAAUUCACAUGUCGAGCUUGGGUCAGGCUGACACAUCCUUUUAAUCCAAAGGACUUCAUCCAGAGCUUAGUGGAGCAGUUUCAUCAUACUACAACAGCUGCUGUUAUGUUGGAAAUGGACCAGAAGACGCCGCAGCAGCUGGCUCGGGAGUUUGAUGGGUAUGUGAACAAGAAGAGGUAUCUGAUUGUGAUCAAUGACCUAUCCACCAUCGAGGAGUUGGAUCGGGUCAAAAUGUGCUUCCCAAACAACAACAUGGGGUGUAGAAUCAUAGUGUCCACACCGCAAGCUGAAGUUGCGACCUUAUGUGCAGGGCAAGAAUACAAUGCAUCAAAGCUCAAGCAAUUGUCAGCUCAUCAGUAUAUCUAUGCUUUCCACAACAUGCGCUCUGAGCAUGAAACAUUAGACAUUAUGAAUAAUACUGACAACUCAACAGUGCCAAAUUCUGAGAUAAUUGAGGAUACAUCUACAGAAGCUGCUGAUGGAAAGAGCCUCACAUGGAACAGGAAGAUGGAAUCUCAUAUUGUUGGACGAGCUCAAGAAAAAAAAGAUAUUAUUGAACUAAUAUCUCAUCCAACUAGAGAAAGGUUUGAGGUGAUAUCCAUUUGGGGAAUGGGUGGUCUUGGGAAAACCACUAUAGUGAAAGACAUCUAUCAAAGCCAAGAACUCAUUGGCACGUUUGAGAAGCAUGCUUGUGCCACAAUUUUGCGUCCUUUCAGUCUUUUAGAGCUUCUCAGGAGCUUAUUUAUGCAACUUGACACGGAAACUUCUGAAAAGAAGGCUGAUGUGGGUUUGCCUGCAAGCAAAACGGAGAGAUUACCAUCCUCGAAACAGGCUCUCGCCCCUGCAAGCAAAAAGGAGAGAUUACCAUCAGUGAAAGAGAGAUUACUAUCAAUGACAGUUGAUGACUUGAUCAAUGAGUUGGCAAUAUUGGUAGACAAAAAAAGAUGCCUUAUUGUUCUUGAUGAUGUAUCAUCUACUGCAGAAUGGGAUCAGCUAAUACAACCAGUAAUUUUCCAGGAGAUGGGAAAUACAAGCCGAAUCAUAGUCACUACAAGGGAGAAGAGUAUUGCUCUACAUUGUUCAGAGAAGAAACAAGAAAAUAUAUACAAGCUUGAAGAUCUAGCGUACGAGUAUGCGCGUGAGCUCUUCACUAAAAAGGUAUUUAGGAAGACAAUAGAUUUGGAUAAGCAUUAUCCAGAGCUAGUCAAACCAGCCGAAUUGAUCCUGAGGAAGUGUGGCCGACUACCCCUUGCAAUAGUCACCGUAGGUGGCUUUUUAGCAAACCAACCAAAGACUUCUCUGGAAUGGAGGAAAUUUUAUGAUCAUAUCAGUGCCGAGAUGGAGAUGAAUCCUGAGCUUACAACCAUAAGAAGUGUUCUUAUGAAAAGCUAUGAUGGUCUACCCUUCCACCUCAAGUCAUGUUUCUUGUACACAUCCAUAUUUUCUGAAGACCGUAAGCUUGAGCGGAGACGCUUGGUGCUUCGGUGGACUGCAGAGGGGUACUCAAGGGAGGUGCGUGAUAAGUCGGCGGGGGAAAUAUCAGAUAGCUACUUCGUGGAACUUAUAAGCAGGAGCAUGAUACUGCCAUCUCAAAAAUCAUUCCAUAGUAUAAAAGGAAUAGAUUCCUGCCAAGUCCAUGAUCUCAUUCGUGAGAUCAGCAUCUCAAAGUCUAUGGAAGAAAACCUUGUUUUGAGACUAGAGAAAGGUUGUAAGCUGAAUAGGCAGCAGGGUAAUGCACGCCAUCUUGCUAUAAACGGCAAUUGGGAAGGAGAGCAGAGUGAUUUUGAGAUGAUGGUGGACAUGCCCCGUGUACGGUCAAUAACUGUUUUUGGGAAGUGGAGGCCAUUCUUCAUGUCGGUGAAGAUGAGGAUGCUACGAGUUCUGGACUUGGAAGACACGACAGGUCUUGUCGAUCAUCAUUUGAAGCAUAUUGGGAAGCUUCUUCACCUAAUAUACUUAUCUCUGAGAGGAUGUGAAGAUAUUUAUCACCUGCCAGAUUCAAUUGGUAACCUGAUGCAACUGCAAACACUUGAUAUCAGAGGUACCUCCAUACUGAUACUGACGAGAAGCAUCGUCAAGCUUCGGAAGCUGCAAUAUCUUCGUUGCAGUAAUAAUAACAAGCUUAAAUGGCGUGUUGGACCGAUAGACUACUAUGAUUCACAUCCAUAUUUGAAGACAUGCAUGGUUUUUUGUACUGGAUGUUGCAUACCUCGGGAAGUAAUACAAACUGAUGGCUUCAACCAGCGUGAUGUAUGCACCUUCACAUGCUGCGCGGCAAUCCCUUUUCUGAUGAAGGGGUAUGGCAAUGGUGUUGGCGUGAGGGUGCCAAGAGGGAUGAGGAGAAUGAAGGCCCUGCAUACAUUACAGGGUGUGGACCUGGUCGCGUCCGGAGGCAUUGCUUUUCUGCGGAACAUCAAAGGAGGACUCAUGGGGCUGCGUAAGCUAGGAGUGGUCCGCCUACAAGCGAGGAAUGCUUCAGAGUUUUGUGCUGUCGUUUCCAGUCUCAACCUCCUAGAGUCAUUGUCAGUGACUCCAGAGGGUGGACACGAUUUGCGUCUGGACGGCAUUUCCUCGCCUCCAAGUAACCUCCGGAACCUCAAGCUGAACAUGGCAACUUUCCCCAUUCAAAGCAUGGCCAAAUUGCCGGAAUGGGUCAAGAAGCUUGAGAACCUUGUAAAGUUGAGAAUCGAAUUCGUAACAUCCAGCCAAGAGGAGCAGGAUGGUGCUAUAGGAGCCCUGGGGAAUCUGCCGAACCUAGCCGUCUUGCGUCUCAAUGUGGUUAGUUUCCAUGGUGAAGAAGUACAUUUCGUGGCGGAGGCAUUCCGGAGCCUCGUCGUGCUGGAGCUUUCACGCAUAAGGAACAUAAGGUUGGUUGAGUUUGAGCAGGGAGCAAUGCCCAAACUCCAGCAGCUUCUCCUCCAGUGUCCGGAUACCGAGACUAGGUUUCUUGGAGUGGACUCUCUCGGAAGCAUCAAGGAAGUAGGGAUCACCGAGCAUCUUAUCACCGAGGAGUUGCGAGCCCAGGUCGCUUUGAAUAGAAACAAGCCCAUCCUGAAUACACUCCCAGGUCGCUUUGAAUAG